CUUGGUGUGGUUAGGACGUGCGCCGCUGUGUUGUGCGCCUGACUGGCUGUGUGGUGACCACAAGUCCGCUUGGUCCGCUGGGGUGGGCGUUGUGGGUGUUGUAAAACAUUAGUACCGUGGCGGAUUAUAUUAUGAUAGUGGGGUCUAUGAGCGAGGCGGGUGGACAUCCAGGGGCCCCACACCUGGGCCCGCCGACACUGCCGCCGCAGUCCCCGCUCUCCCCGCCCGCCGCAAUGCUCCCCUCCUUCGGUUUCACGCAGGAGCAGGUUGCCUGCGUCUGCGAGGUCCUUCAGCAGAGUGGGAACAUAGAGAGGCUGGGCAGGUUCCUGUGGUCACUGCCCGCCUGUGAACACUUGCACAAGAACGAGUCCGUCCUCAAAGCGAAGGCCCUGGUGGCCUUCCACCGCGGCAAUUUCAAAGACCUGUACCGAAUUUUGGAAUCGCACAAUUUCUCAAUACAAAAUCAUGGAAAAUUACAGCAAUUGUGGCUCAAGGCGCACUACAUAGAGGCGGAGAAGCUCCGCGGGCGGCCGCUUGGCGCUGUGGGCAAGUACCGCGUCCGGCGCAAAUUCCCUCUCCCGCGCACCAUCUGGGACGGCGAGGAGACUUCCUAUUGCUUCAAGGAGAAGUCACGGAACGUUCUGCGGGAGUGGUACGCCCACAACCCGUACCCGUCACCGAGGGAGAAGCGAGAGCUAGCAGAGGCCACCGGACUCACCACAACCCAGGUCUCCAACUGGUUCAAGAACCGCCGACAACGGGAUCGCGCUGCCGAACAAAAAGACGGAGACGGCAAGAGUUCCGGCGGUGGGGCGGCCCAAGGCGGUUCUACUCAUUUGGACAGCGGUUCGGAGUCCCUGGAUGAGGUCAAGCCCUCUCUCUCCUCCCUAGAUUCACCCUUACCCAACGUUAAUAGCCACAUGGUGCAGGAAUCUGUUGGACAUACGGACCUUUACAGCGAACUUAGCAAGGUGAGCGGCGGCGCCAACGGCAUGUCUUCGGUGGCGCCUGUCCCCGCCUCCGUCAGUUCCGCCUCCGCCAUCGCCGCCGCCUACCAAACACAGCUGAACCUGGCAGCGGCGGCGGCGGUAGCGGCCAGACAUACAGCGACUAAUGUCUCCAGCGAUCACACGGCCGGUCCACAUCUGGCGCCGCCCUCUCACCACGACAUCCUCCACGACUACCACACCUUGUGACACAGCGGACUUUAGACUCCCGCCAUCGGGAUGACCGUCGACACCGCGCCCACAGCCCAGGGACACUAGAACUCACUCACAGAGGACUACACGGAAGCCUCCAUCACCCGAGAUGUUGCGCAGGAGACUGGACGGGCGCUCACGCAAUGAGCGCUGGUUGCAGAUCGCUGGCUGCAACUUCCCAGCGACCGCCGUCUCAGUGGGUUUAAUCCCCAACGAUGCAACAUUGUCGACUCUUUUGGAUUUAUUCCAUGUGUGCAUUUUAAAUUCUAGUGUUGCUCUGCUGAGAUACUGCGUUUGUUUACGCAACAAAAUAUUUAAUAAACGAUUCUCAAGAGUGAGGCUGUGGCCUAUUAGGCUUUCCUUAUCACACGCGCAGGGCUGACCGACCCUUGGCGUGGUGGAAACACUGUCCCGCCUAACUUAACAAUUUGUUCUGAUUGCGGUUGUCGUGGUGCCAGCCCCCCCGAGGCGCUAGUGGCAAUAAUCCAUUUAUUUGUGAUAAACCGCAAACUUUUAAGUGGCAGCCUAACCGAUGCUUAUGGCUGAGCGUCAGAGGCUGUUGAACUGACUGAGUGGCGCGCUGCCUCCAUCAGUCCCCGAGAGGCAGCAAAAAGUGGGCGCAAAAGCCAGUUCCGCAAGCUUUUAUCAAGGACGUGAACAGAGUGGCCUCGUCCUCCGAGCCUCUGCCAGAAAAAUCCCGAUAUAAAGUAUAUAAGAAAGCAGAGCGCUACCGUACAAUUCAACUGCGUGAAAGACAGUGACAGUGACACUGAUGGCACUCCUUAAUGCCAGCCGUGCCACCAGGCUCAUUCUCUCCCUUAGGCGUUCCUCAUAUUGUCCGACUCAAAAAUAUCUUCUGACGACAUCUUUUAAACCUCUUCUCGCUUCGGAUGGCCAGCGCUGUCUCGUUCUGGUGUGUUCGCAUACGGAAGACUGUGAUGACCUCUCGCACGACCGGUGUGUUGAGGCAGCGGAGGUGAAGGGAAGAUGACACGAAGUUACCAACGAUGCGUUUUGGCAGUGUUGGAGGUCGGUGUGGACACCUGCAGUGUUGGAGGUCGGUGUGGACACCUGCAGUGUUGGAGGUCUGUGUGGACACCUGCAGUGUUGGAGGUCUGUGUGGACACCUGCAGUGUUGGAGGUCUGUGUGGACACCUGCAGUGUUGGAGGUCUGUGUGGACACUUGCAGUGUUGGAGGUCUGUGUGGACAACUGCAGUGUUGGAGGUCUGUGUGGACACCUGCAGUGUUGGGGGUCUGUGUGGACACUUGCAGUGUUGGAGGUCUGUGUGGACAACUGCAGUGUUGGAGGUCUGUGUGGACACCU